UCAGAGUCCUACAUCCUCCUGAGCUCUGACACUUUCUUCUCUGUGCUCCCUGCUAAUCUUUUCACCAGGAUGAAGGUCUUGGCGAUGCUGGUACUGGUGGCAGUUUCCACCUUCCUGGUCUCAGGCCAGUCUACAACCAGUGCUCCAUCUGGUAGCUCUACUGCUGCCUCUGAUGCCACCACUGCUGCAGCCACCACAGCUGCAGCCACCACUGCUGCGGCCACCACUGCUGCGGCCACCACUGCAGCUGCCACCACUGCAGCCCCUGGCUCCACAACCAGUGCUGCUCAAAGCACCACUAAAUCAGGCCUCUGGAAUUCUUUGAAGAAAAUAAUAGGAUGAAAUAUUACUAAAAUGGAAUUAGCCUGGGCCUUCUGCAUUUGAUCCUGCUGGGCUCAGCCACAAUGCCCCCUCAUUUAAUUUAAUUCAACUACUUACUACGUGUACCAUCUCUUUCUUAUCCCUAAUCAUUUUGUCUGUUUUCCAAUAAAAAAUAAUACUGAGCAA